AUGCAAGCCCACCUCCCCUCGCGCUCGUCCGCACCCAGCAUCGAACUCGACCCAUCCCUCGCCCAAAUGGCCGCCUCGGCACCCGACCUCGCAGCAGGCCUGGGCGCAUACGCAGACCAGUUUGAGGCACUCGCAAGGGCGUCGGGAAACUCGUUCGGUCAGCGGGCCAACGGGGAGGCCGGUGAGGAGGGAGCAGAAGCGCGCAGUGAGGACCAGGCUGGGAUACCGGUUGGAAGUCCGGCGCCCGAGUCGAACGGGCAUGCGAAUGCUGCGACCGACGGAGACGUGAGCACGGGGAGCUCGACGACGGGCGGACAGUUUGGCUCGUUCGACGCGACCGGACAACCCAGGCAGGCAGCUCCUCGAGGCGGACGGACGAAGUCGACGUACCAGACCGGUGCACUCGCAGGCCUCAAUCCCGCCGACCGCACAAACAUUCGCAAAGAGCGCAACAGGCUCGCGGCGCAACGGUCGCGCGAUCGCAAGGCCGCCGAGUUCGAGCGCCUUGAGCGACUCGCCGAGGACAAGACGCAGGAGAACUCGAUCCUUCAGAAGGAGCUUGAGAUGUACAGGAAGCGCGCGGGCGCGCCGGUCGACAACAUCCACAUCGUCGGCGAGCCCGUCCUUCCGCAGCUCCCAACGCUCGACAAGCCUCUGCACAAUCACGGGCACACCGAAGACACAGGCGGCGACCUCGACCUGAACCUCGGUUGA